GUGGUGAAUUUGUGAAGAAAGUAACGGUUUGAAUUCAAAAUGAGAAGUUCGAAAAUUCGGAGAAUUCGAUAUUGCCAUUUUGACAUUUCAAUUUGGCGCAAACUGUCAUUUCCGUCUAACUGUGUGGAGACAAACGGCAAGAAAAAGCGUCUCUUGUCUGAGAAUUUUAUUCUUUUCGUGCAAAAGCAUAAUUAUUCCGUCGUAAAAAGGGAUAUUAAGUGGAUACAGAAGUGCGUGCCCACGUGAAAAAUGCCAAGAUUAGGUCCUAAAUUGCUUCCGUACGAGGUGAGCGACACAACCGACUCGUCAGGAUCAUCGAAUAAUACGCAAGACAAAAUUUCAACGCCAAGGCAAUCUGGGAGAAAUAUCAGCCAGAGCAGUGUGCCAACGAGUGUACAGUCACGGCAAAGUGGUCGGAGCCCUGUUAGACAGACGCCGGUGACAUCACGAGGAGCCGCCGCACAGAAUGUCACCAGCUUCCGGACACUUCGCUCGAGCACACCAGGGCCGUCUGGUCGUACAGCUGCUCGCCAGGGAACUCGCAAGAAGCCACGGAAGAGCAAUCCGUACAAGAAGAUCCAUCGUGAGAUCAUGCACUACCAGAAAUCGACACAGAAAUUGAUCCCGAAGGCGCCGUUCGGGCGGCUCGUGAGGGAAACGCUGCAAUCCAGUGGCCACGGUGACUUCCGCAUCACGGCAGUGUGUUUUGAUGCGCUGCAAGAAGCGGCGGAGAUGUACUUGACGCAGCUCCUAGAGGACGCCUAUAGGUGCACGCUGUUCCGGCGCUGCGUGACGCUGCAUCCCAAAGACAUCCAGCUCGUGCGCUACAUCCGAGGCGGCUGGGAUCCCAUUGGACUCCAUUAGCCGGCGUGAGAAUUCACUCAUCUUUAGAGCCAUUUUUUAUUUGUAAAUUCGCCAAUUUCUAAUUAAUUAAAUGAAUCUGUUAGAGAAGUAAAAUGUACCGUUUUUUUUUUAUGU